ACUUUCUCUCUCACCGCCUCGGGCUCUGUCUCGGGCUCUGUCCCUUUAACAGAGGGGCAGGUCCUGGAGGAAGUGACGGGCAGGAGCCGCAGGGGGGAGAGCCGGCCCGGGAUACACAAACAGGGGAGAUUGUCCCGCAAUGCACAGGGGCUGGCAGGGGUGAGAGAGACGGAGACACCCGAUGUAAGGAAGUGCGGGAGCUCGUCCGUAAGAUUCCGCGUUAUUUGUAUCGGCGAUAAACAGGGGGUCCGCGCGAGUGUGACCUGUUUGUCUCCUCGCCCUGGCACCCUCUGUUUGGUGAUGUGUCCUCUCCCAGCCCCCUGGAAAUUAUUGUGGCUACUUGUGCUUUUGCUGUGGCGCUGCCGGUUGAGCCUUUGCGAUUUGAAAGUCCGGGUACGUCUGGAGGACGGGCAGGUGACUGAAGAAACCUUACAGGCUGAUAGCGAGAGAGACUGCAUCACCUUGGAAUUCCGAAAAACAGAUGGGACUUUCAUUACCUACCUUGCUGAUUUUAAGCAGGAUGUGAAGAUUUUCCGGGCUCUGAUUCUUGGAGAGUUAGAGAGAGGACAGAGUCAGUUCCAGGCACUUUGUUUUGUCACCCGCCUACAAAGCAAUGAAAUCAUCCCCAGCGAAUCCAUGGCCAAGCUACGACAGAAAAACCCACACACAGUGCGACAGGCAGAAGAAAUGAGAGGAAUAGAAAAUAUGCACAUGGACGUCGCUAUUAAUUUCACUAAAGGGGUACAGCUCAGUUCUCAUAUUCACAACAUCUGCGCAGAGGCAAAAGAAGCUAUUUUUACUCGACAAGAUGAUGUGAGAGCGUGGCUGGAGAAAGGUGUGGAUGGAUCUAUGUUUGAGGUUCUCCCCCAGCCCUCCUCUCUGCCCGCUCUUCGCCAAUGUAAAUUCUGCUCCUUAGACUGGAAGCCGUGCAUGUGCUCAUACCGCCUUAGCCUGGAGUGGUUCCCCUGCAGCUUAAAAUACUGCAAGAGCCGGGACCCAUCAGGGCGCACCACCUCCUACAAGUGCGGCAUACGUAGCUGCCAGAAAGGAUACAGCUUUAAUUUCUAUGUGAGCCAGAAGCAACUCUGCCUGUGGGAUGAGGAGACCUAGAGGAAGUUCUGGGCAACCCUCUCCAGACCCAGAUUGAACUUCACCACCGUGUCCGUCAAUGGGACCACAGCCUCUUGGUGCCCGCUGAGUACUAUGUCUUAGAGAUGCCUUAUACUGUGAAUAUCCAAUUAGUAGACACCAAGACGGCCAUCUCUUGCAUGUUUUCCGCCAACGCAGAGAGAACCAGAAAGAACAAGAUGUCUUCUGUAGCUAUUGCACAAUGACUAGCAUGCUGCCUUGUGCCUUACUGACCUGCAGCCACACCAAGUGUCCUCUCUCUAUGGAAGUGCCUUAUUGCUCCUGGCACGGGCUCUGCCAACACACAAAGAUCAAAUAAACUCUCCAAGUAUUAAAACUGUGAACUCCGGGGAUUAAUAAUGUCCUCCUAGGGUUCCCAUGUGCCUUUUAUGUCACUUUUUAUGUAUUUCACCACAUUUCAAUAUAGUUCAGCUAUUUUUAUAUGAAAAGUCCUCUUUUUUGUAUUGAAGUAAAAAUGAAAGAAGGAACAAAUGAAUAAAAUAUUUAUCAUUUUGUAAGAGAAAUAAAGAUUUUUCAGAGCAUUGAAGAA